AGGCGUAUGGUGACUAUUAACGUCUUUACAUUGGAUCGAAUGUUUAAAAUUAUAAGACAUUAUUUCACUUUGUACAUGUUAUGUGGUUGGUUUGAUUGCUGUUUAUUGGCACAUACUGUAUUGUGGAAAGUCACAGAUAGUGGAACAGUUUGAAACAAGACCCCAUCAGGCCUGCCAGAGUUUGAAGACAAAAACAUUGUUGGAUCUGGUGGGAGAUUCACUCCUGAGGUGUUAACGUUAAAUCAAAAUGCAACAGAGGCUUCUUUCACAAGUGAUUUGUCAUGCCCACAAACAUUAUUGGAAAGUUUGUAGAUGCAGCAGCAUUGGUUCUGAAAAGACGAUAAAUAUUGAUAGACGAAGGCUUCACAGUUCCAGUUUGCUUUGCCGUAAACAAAGUAAUGUUGUGAACGUAUUUGAUCGCCACACAAAAUUGCUCCAGAGGGAAAGAGCUGCAAAGAAUCCAGAUGUUGCUGUGUACGACUAUUUGAAAGAAGAGGUGGGAUAUCGUCUUUCUGACAGAAUCUUAGAUAUCAAAAGAGAAUUGAAAGUGGGUCUGGAUCUUGGUACUGGUCGAGGACACGUUGCUAAAAACAUAAUCCAUGGUACUUUAGAAUAUCUGUACAUGAGUGAUAUGUCCCCGGCUAUGGUAGAGAGUGCACAAACUCCAGAAGAUGUCACUUUCAAGAAAAUGGUCUUUGACGAGGAAGAGACCUUUCCAUUUGAUACGGAGUCCUUAGAUCUCGUUAUAUCCAAUCUGAACCUUCAUUGGGUCAAUAAUUUACCUGGGUGUUUGAGGGAAAUCAACCGAGUGCUGAAGAAAGAUGGUGUAUUCUUGGCUUCUGUUUUUGGUGGGGACACGCUGUACGAGCUGCGGUCGUCCUUGGUCCUUGCAGAGUUGGAAAGAGAAGGGGGUUUCGCUCCACAUAUAUCGCCAUUUACCGAGAUACAGGAUAUUGGAGCGCUGCUGAGUUCGUGUGGCUUCACAAUGCUUACCAUAGACACGGAUGAAAUUGUAGUGGGAUACCCAUCCGUCUUUGAACUGAUGUUUGAUCUUCAGGGAAUGGCAGAAAGCAAUGCCAACAUUAAAAGGAAGGCUCUGAUUCAUCGAGACACCCUCCUUGCUGCAAGUGCUAUUUAUCAAGAAAUGUAUGGGAAUCAAGAUGGAAUACCAGCAACAUUUCAAGUUAUAUACAUGAUUGGUUGGAAGCCGGAUCCUAGCCAGGUUGUUUCUCAAGCAGAGCGUGGAUCAGGACAAGUGUCGCUCAAAGACUUGAACAGAUUGAACGAAAUGGUGAAGGAAGCAGGGAUGGAAGGUCGAAUAAAAUUCAUGGAAGAACUGACUGGAGACAAGGAUAAGUAAAGUGAAUAAAAAAGUACAAAAAUCUCCAUUGUUUACUACUAUGAAAAGUGUGAAUUUGACUUAAUUUUGAUGGCAUUUUGAGUUUUGAAACUACUAUCUGCAUUUCACAAAUAAGAAAAAUAGUCCGGUAAAAACAAUAUGAUUUCGGAAAUUGUAAUUUAAAAGCUUCUAAUACCAGGCAAUUUUAAUUUAAAAGCUUCUAAUACAGGCAUUUUUUUUCUCUUUUUGCAAUGCUGAAAAAUAUAUAUAUGGCAUGAAACAGAUCAUGGAGACUGACUGGAACUGUUGUAUCAUAUUGUUGUAUUUAGUACUUUGUACGCCACAUGUCUGAUGUGUGUAGUGGUUGUAAAAGUCCUCUGUAAAUACAGUAUAUUUUAUGUGCAUGUGUAAAAAAAACAUUGUGUACAAAUGAACAAGGCUUUACAUUUUUUUUUAAAUACGAAACUUAUACAUUACGUGUAGCUUUGUUGUACUGUAUAGCACAAUGUAACUUUUCUCACUAUAAAAAAGUUUUCAAUUACGUAUUUAACUGAAGUUUUUUAUGUAGGAUUUUCAGACAUUGUUAAGACUCCUAUUUUUUCUCCUUUUUCUGUAGGUACCUACGUAAUGUAUAUUUUUGCUCUAUACAGUCCAUUGAUUUUUUUACGGAAAAAUAAAACUGUUGAAUUAU